UUUUACACCAAUCAUUUAAUUUUUAGUGGAUUAAGGACCACACACACGCUUUCGUUUUUAGUACAUAGCAGAAACUAAUAACAUUUGUAUUAAAAAAAACUGUAGACAGAUAAACAGUUUCAGUUUAAUAAUCAGGGUAACCGCGUGGGAAUCUGAGUGAGUUAACGUUACUACUGUAGCUCUUGUGUGCUAUGUUAGCUAAAAGUCCUGUGGAAACAUCAACGCGAGGAGAUUGAAAAUGCCACCAAAAGGAAAGGGUGGCAAAGGUGCUAAAGCAGGGGCUGCUGCGUCAGGCAGUGGGGACAGUGACAAAAAAGAAAAGGCUCAGAAGGGAGGAACAGCAGUAAAGGUGCGGCACAUUCUCUGUGAAAAGCAUGGCAAGUGUAUGGAAGCAAUGGAAAAGAUAAAGUCUGGCAUGCGUUUCAGUGAGGUGGCAGCACAAUACAGCGAGGACAAAGCCAGACAAGGAGGUGACCUUGGUUGGAUGACAAGAGGAUCAAUGGUAGGACCAUUUCAGGAUGCAGCGUUCGCACUACCUGUCAGCACUAUGGAUAAACCUGUAUACACAGAUCCUCCAGUGAAAACAAAGUUUGGCUACCAUAUCAUCAUGGUUGAAGGCAAAAAAUGAGCCAUUAUAAAUGGACUGAACAGCUUGAUAGUUGUGCAAUGAUGCCAUUUAAUUAGCCUCCAACACACCACACGUACACAGUCAAAUGCAUUCCCAAUGCCUCAUGAUGACAUUGAAGAUCUCAAAACCAUUUUUAUCACCAUGUAAAUAGCAGCCAAUUAAAAUCGAUCUUAUUAAGCCAACUGCAUUCAUUACAUUUUUUUCUGUGGUGGUGUUGUUCUUUCAUAACUUUUGCGUUGUAUAAUUGUAUUUGUAAAACACUGACUCUUUCCACAAGGAAAAGCUAAAGUAUGAUAGUAUUUUUUAAAUGAAGUGUAUGUUAACAGUACUACCUGGGUAACAUUAGUUUAAUGAACCAUGUGACUUUCAUGCUGUUCUAAUGUCGCUUUAAAUAAUAAUAAUAUUUGGAAUUUCGUAACAGCGCACUUUCUUUUGAGAAAAGAAAACAAAUAAACUAAGGGUAAAUAAACCAA